UGAUCAGUUCACCAUUGUUUUUUUUUAAUAUAAAUUCGCUUUGAUAUUUCAACACAUUUCCAGAAUACCGUUACAUAUCGUGAAAAAUAUGUUUAAAAUAAUAUAAAGGAAAUUCAAGCUGACAGAAUGUAGCCUUGCGCCUAUCCAGUCUAUGGUAGCCUGUGAUUCGCUAAUGGUAAUGAGUUGCGUCGCUAACCUCACUUAUUAUUCAUUACGUACAGUCUUGCGAGCAAAGUUGACACACAUUUAUAAGCAUAGCCGACGAGAGUAUUUUAAGAUAGGUUGUAGUACAGCAAACAUUUGUUACAUAUGUACUAGUCUGGCUAUAUAUCUAGCACCAAUGGAUCGUUUUGUAGUGAGGAAAGUGCCAGAGGGACAGGCUGCCAUGACAGAGGGUCAGGCUGCCACGACAGAGGGACAGGCCGCCACGAUAGGGCAAGGACAGGCUUCCGAAGCGUCAACUUCGCAAAAAAGACGAAAAAGAAAAUACAAUGAGGAAUAUGUUAAAUAUGGAUUCACAGUGACGACAGACAGAGCAGGAGAGGAGGUACCACUGUGUUUCGUAUGUUCAACAAUUCUCUGUAAUGAAGCUAUGAAGCCGUCGAAACUUACGCGGCAUAUGGAGACGCAUCACGUCCACUUGAAGGCCAAACCCGUUGAGUACAUGCAACAGAUGUUGCGUGAUUUCAAAGGACAGCAGGCUACCAUGAGGAAGAGUGCAAAAAUAAAUGAAAACGCACUGAAAGCAUCGUAUCUGGUCGCUCUCAGGGUUGCAAAAAGUAAGAAGCCCCAUACCAUUGCAGAGCAGCUUAUAUUGCCAGCAGCCAUAGAUAUGUGCAGAGCUAUGGUAAGCGAAGAAUGUGCCAACAAAUUAAAAACUAUUCCGUUGUCAGACAACACAAUCGGAAGACGAAUUGGGGAAAUGGCAAAUGAUGUCAAAGACCAGCUGAUGGCAAAACUUCAGACAGUUCUGUUUUCCCUUCAAAUCGACGAGACGACAGAUGUUACUAAUGAUGCGCAACUGUUAACAUUUGUGCGAUACGAGGACAGUGGCACUAUGUGCGAGGAAUUUCUUUUUUGCAAACCACUGCCCGGGCGAACUACCGGUGUAGAAAUAUUUAAAGCACUGGACGAGUUUUUCACGGAGCACAAUAUCUCGUGGCAGAGGUGCGUUGCAUUAUGCAGCGAUGGGGCCCGAGCCAUGAGUGGCAGCAAGACUGGACUGUUUGCGCAUGUAAGGAGGGUGGCUCCGGGGGUAAUUUGGACACACUGCCUGAUUCAUAGAGAGGCUCUCGCCUCCAAAGAUCUCAGUGUUGAGCUCAGUGGUGUGUUUGAUGUCGUUGUCAAGACGGUCAACUUCAUAAAACGAAACGCAUUGAAUACACGCCUGUUUUCAUCCCUAUGCCAUGACUUGGGAAGUGAACACAGCUCUCUCCUUUAUCAUUCAGAGGUGCGUUGGCUGUCUCGCGGCGCUGUGCUCGCCCGUGUGUUUGAACUACGCGGAGCUAUCUACGAGUUCUUGUGCGAGAAGCAUUCUGAUCUGGCUUCCAAUUUCAACGAUAGUUACUGGUUAACUAAGCUGGCGUACCUCACAGAUGUUUUUGCAGAGCUGAACAAGUUGAACAGCUCCAUGCAAGGGAGAGAUGCAAACGUCAUGCAGCUCUACGAGAAGCUCGACGCAUUUGUGAAAAAAAUGUCAAAGUGGAUCGAACGAGUGGAGAGCAAUAACUUGGCGAUGUUUCCUUCAGUUGAGGAAUACCCUGACAGCACUGACAUCAACGACACUAUAUGUGAGCAUUUGAGGAAGCUUGUGCGUCAAUUCGCAAAGUACUUCACUGAUUCGGAAGAGUGGCGCCGUGACAGCAAGUGGAUCCUGCUCCCAUUCAGUGACGAUGCAUCAGUAGGGUCAAGUCUGACGGCUGUGGAAGAGGAUAAGCUGAUUGAGAUGUCCACAGACUCUGUCAGGAGGCAUAUGUACGACACACAGCCCCUUGUUAAAUUCUGGAUAAGUUGCCAGACAGAAUUUCCACAGCUUGCUGCAAAAGCAAUGAGGUGUCUUUUGCCCUUUCCAACCACAUACCUGUGUGAGAGUGGUUUUUCUACACUGGCGUACUUAAAGAAUAAGUACAGGGCUAGGCUUGAUCCAGAGAAUGACAUGAGACUGUCUCUGUCUACCAUUUCGCCACGAAUAGACAGGCUGUGUGGACUUCACCACGCCCAGAUAUCACACUGACAGCAGGUGAUUGGUGACAGGUCUGUCCUGGCUGGGUUAUAAAAGCCCUGACCAGCCAGCAGUUGAGGCUGCCUUGGUCUUCAUUUGUUGGAUUUUGGUUCUCCGGUGUUGUUGGAUUUUUGUUCUCCGUUGUUGUUUUGUCACACACCUAGACUGACUUUGCAUGACAUUUUUAGUUACUUUUCCCAAUACUGAAUUGCACAACACUUUAUUAUUCUUUAUUCUUUCUUUAAAAUAAUCUUUAAUUUAAUAAAUCUACUUUUAUUAUUAUAAAAUCUGCGUGGCCUCUCUUUCAUGUUUCAUGCAUUGAGCUAUGCAUGUAACACCAAAUACACACGCGCACGCGCAGGCACAUCAGUGGGCCGCGGAUUGCUUUCUAGUCCGAAUGGUGGUCCCUGGGACAAAACCAGUUGAAAACCCCUGCUUUAAAUCAACUAGCUGCUGCUGGCCACGCCCCUUUGGAGCUGCUGCUGGCCACGCCCCUUUGGAGCGUCAUGAUCUCUCCUCUGGAGACAGUUUUCUAACGGGAGAAACUCAGCUAAACGCUGCCGUGAUUAAACGCCAUAAUAUGUUCUGCUGCGAAAAUGUUCGUUGUUUGAAGACCAAGAGUCGGUCCAAAGUAGACCAGGAAACCUCUAGUUUAAAUCAAAGAGUAUUUAUUAAUGCAAUAGUGUAGUAGGUUUACAAGGGAACACAGCUGCGGUCUUCCCCCACGCCACUGAUCCACAGAACACGUUGAAGCAGUUAGCAGUUAGUCUCCCAGCAGCGUGGAGGAAUUAGGGCCGAUCUUCUCUUUACAUCAGGCAUUUCUACUCUGUGUUCCUUCCAGUCUCGUUUUCUCUCAUUGGUUGGCAGCGGGAGCCGGAUCCUGUUGGCCCCUUGUCGUCACAUGGGUGUUUCCCACAAAUGUGGUCCGUUGAGAAACAGUGAAUUAUCUCUAAUGUUCCGUCAGAAUAUAUUGAUUAUCCUUACAGUUCCAAACCACAUCCAGCAUUAUUUCUGAAACACUUCUCAGUGUUUACAAUUACUAUUUAUUAUUACAAUUCUAAGUCCCUCCUGCAGACAUCCUGCUGAACACACAGACACACAGAGGUGCUGCGGAGGGGGUUCAGCUCGCAACUGUCUAUGGAGGACGAUAGGUUGGGACGUGUCACGUGGGCGGAACGUUGCCAGCAGUUCAAUGUAAAGCCAGCACACAUUUCCUUUAUGACGUCAUAAGGACAUCAAAUCUGGGUCAGCUCGUUUGUACCCCCAUUUUUAGAGAUGUGGGUAAGGAGGAAAAAAGAGAGGGUUGUAUUUUCUGUCACUUUGUGAGUCUCCUUACACACCGGGGACACAUAUUUAUGUUUGAAAGACAGCAAAAAGUGCAUUUUGCAUAAUAGGGGAACUUUAAUGUAAUCCAUGGUGUCUAUGAGGGUCAGUGUCAUUGCGGGUCCCAGGCCUUCUAAAUGAGGCUGGUAGCAGAACAGAAGAAGCUUUUCGGGCGGAGAGAGUUUUUGUUCCGGAUGAAGCACAGCCUCCCACCAGAAGUGGUUCGAGCCGUCUGUGUCAACGAUGGGAAGGCUCGGCCAAAAUUACCCAUGUCAUGUGCUCUACAAGAUGGUUAAGUGAUGCCAGCUGUUGUGCUUACAGUCUCAUUCAAUGAAAAAGAAAAGAGCCUUGUGGGCGCUUUCCUAAAUUCUCAACUGUCAACACACUCAAUGAGAAUAUUACAUUACAGUACAAAUCAGCUAGUGAGACUUUUGUAAAAAGCGACGUACCUACACUUCAAUAAAGUUGGCAUGCCUGCAGGAGCAAUUUGGGUUUAAGUUUCUCACCCAAAGACGCUUAGACAUGUGGACUGCAGGCGGUAGGGAUCAAACCUCAGCCCCUCUGAUUGGUACACACCUAUUUUCUUCCAAGACCACAUACAAAUGGCAUUGUCCUAUCUGUCACCAGUUGAAGAAUACAUUGUAAAGGUAGAAAAAGAAAUGUUUCACUCCAACUGCCCAGCCACUUCAAACAGUAGCAGAUGACCCAAAAAAUAGUAGGUUCAAUGCCCUCUUACCACUCUGUGAAACAAAUUAUUAAGACGGUUUUUAUUGCGGACCUCAGGUUUUCUCUUCUGCUCCAAAACACACUAUAUCAACUUUGUACGUCACUCUGAAUGCCAAAUGCUGUCAAAGUCAAAAACAAUAUAGGCUGGUAUUAGGACCAGAACUGUGACAAAUUAAGUCCAGGUUGGUUUGUAGAAUUAUUAGAAAUAAAUUGGUUGGUCAUACGUGUGGCAUAUAACAACCCCAAAUGCAUUCUGCUCUUUUU